AUGAGGGUUUGGGGGAUUUUUAUCAGGCAGCUACUGCUCUUCUUACUCAUAGGAGCAUGUGCUUGUAUUGAUGAAGGUACUGGAGGAUUGAAAAGGCUAACACCCAUCAAGAUAACCAUUGCCAUAGAACAGGAGAUUGAUGGAACAAAGUUUGAUGUAAAGCAUAUAUACCACAAUGGUAGCCCUUGUUGUAUAAUAGUUCCAAAAUUAGGAUAUUUGUUAAACGCAGUUUCAGACACUAGAGCUCCAAUAUGGACAGGAGAUUCAGGAGAAGCUUGCAGUAUUUGUGUAGUUUUAUUCAAGGGUACAUCCCCUGAUAUUGUUUUAAUAUUUGUAAAUAAGAAUUGUAGUUUCCUGUAUAGGAAAAAUGGUGAUUUAUGGACACUUGUAAAUAAGGAAGAGACUGUUAAUCUUCCCAGUUUUGAUGCGAAACACUCGGGAAACCGCCCUUUUACAAGCGUUGAUCCACACAAAAGAUUUAAAGAUUUAGCAGACGCCAAAAAGAGUCUCUACACCUCUCUUGAAGGGGAAUAUACUCUAGACAUUUUAGCCACAAUUGAUGAGACCAAGGUGCAUGCUGAAAGCGAUAAAUGUGGUGGAAUUGUACGCACCAAGUUCCACCCAAAAACUGGCCAUUACUUUGACAAGGUAGUUGCUGGAACUUCCGUUAUAUGGCCAGGUGGAAAGGAUGAAAAGUGUACAUUUGUAAGCCAAACAUGUGUCAAUAGGGAGCAGCUUAUAAGAAUUGUUUUAAAGACUCCAACAUCUGCCAAGAGAUUAUACUUUGUGAAUGAAAAUGACAGGUGGCCAAAGAUAACCAGGGAUGACUAUUAUUCAAAGGUUGGUAAGCCUGAGACUGAACCAAAUAAUGGAACUAUUCUGGGCUCUAGAAAAAUUCUCACUGAUGAUGCAAAAGAAAAAUGUAACGAGCCAGAGGAAGAAUAUUAUGAGAGUAUUGGAGAUAACGAAGCCGCUUGUAUCAAUGCCAUCUUUGAGCAUAUGGAUGAAUCUUUAUCAAAGGGUCUAUCAUCUCAGGUUCAACGGGCAGCUCAACCAAUUCCACAAGAGAAACAGACUGUUCCAGACACAAAGGUAGGAACUCCUAAACCUGUUCUACAACAUAAUCGCUCUACCAAAGAACUCGUAGUUCCAAUUACCCUAGAUUUGGCUGAGGUGAAUACAAAUUCUGUUGAUGUUCCAGCUACUACUGUACAAGAUGGCAUAAGUACAACCUAUUACUACCCAAAAGGAAAGUUUUAUUUUGAAAAGAUAGUAGAUGGAGGCAGAACUGUAUGGGAGUCUACUGAAGAGAAAUGUUCUCCAGCGUAUACUAUCUCAAAGGGUGAUAUAACAUUUCUUGCUCUCUUGCUAAAGAAGUCUGAUGAUGAGACCGAUUUAAUAUACUACGAAAGGAAGAAUCUAGGGUGGAGGCUCAUAGAGAAGACAAAGUGUGAGAAGAUGAUAGAGGAAUUAAAGAAGCAACCUGCCACUCCAGUGAUUAAAGCGGUGGAGCUAGAUCUCAAAGAUGUUGACAACGAAAUAUUCUUAGCCAAGGAAUCUUCAGAGAAUGGAGUUGUGGAGAAAACAUUUACCGUACAAGGGGGUUAUCGUCUCACAGAAGUUUACGAUCUCAACAUUCCUGUUUGGAAAUCGGAAUCUCCGAACAAACAUUGUACACUUGCUACUGUGCACUUUGAGGGAGAGAAUCCCAUGCUAGCAUCCUUAUCACUUGAUUCUGAAUCAUUAUACUUGCAUGUUGAGGAUGGAAAGUGGACUAGUAUUUCUAAGGAUGAAUAUGAUUCUGCUCUAGCUGAGAUGAAGAGACUAACUUCCUCUCCAAAGGUUAAAUGUGUUGAACUUGAUGUUACUGAUAUUGAUGGAAAUGUCUUCUUCAUUGAGGAAUCAUUUUCCGGAGGAGUACCUAUAAAGACUAUAACUCCAAAGGGGGGUUAUCAGCUUACUGAAGUCUAUGACAUAAAUGUACCUAUAUGGAAGGGUCUAGAUAAAGAGCGUUGCCUGCAAGUAUUGGUUUACUAUAAUGAAGAGUCUCCUGUGUCGGUAACUGUAAACUUUUUAAAGGCUGAUGGAAAGAGCACUUGGAGAUAUUACAGCAUGCAGGAUAAAAGAUGGGAUGUAUUCAAGAAAGGAAGAAAUGAGAAGCUCAAGGAAAAAAUACCGGCUCAGGAAAGAGUGCCAAAGGAUGCUCCAAAUGUAACAGAUAAGGAAACCACGAGCGAAACUAAGCCAAAACCCGUAGAUAAAAGGCCACAAAAACAUAUGCCGAAAUACUAUUCCAAACCUUUUAAACUGGAUACCCAAAACAUUGAUGAGAAUCAAGUAAAUGUGACAAGUGACGUACACGAUGGAACAAAAACUACUAUAUUUUCUUCAAAGCGUGCCAAUUACAUAGAGGAGUUAUCAUACAAUAAUUCCACAGUAUGGAAAGAACAAUCGAAUGAAAAGUGUUUGAGUGUUGUUGUACAAUCUGGUGAUACGGAACUUGCUAGAGUCGAUGUGAUAGAUGCAAAAGGCGUUGAGACGUAUCAGUGUUUCGAGAAAACGGGAAAUACUUGGGCUAUGCUUGACUAUGAUUCGUAUAUUGAUAAGCUGAAAAAAGGAACAACAGAUAUAAGGAUUGAUUUUUCUAACCCUUCAUAUGAUACUUGCAGUUUCCUACAAUACUAUGAAGGUGGAAUUUUGUACAGGGUUGGAAUUCCACUUCAAGAGUAUAGACUAAAGACUCUUGAUUAUGGUUUACCCGUUUGGAAAUCAUCUGGAGAUGAGUACUGUAGCAAGUUUACAUUUUUAUCCUUUGAAGGCUUCUGUCUUUGUACGCUUGAGUUAAAGGGAACAGAUGAUUUCAUGAUUGACCUAUUUUUAGAUGGAGAUAACUGGUCACGUAUGGACAAAAAUUCCUCUGAAAAAUAUCUUACCAAGAUGAACGAACUCAGGUCCAAAAACAUGUCUAUGAGAGUUAUUAAUCCAGAAUUAAAAGCGUAUUUGAAAAAUCUGGGCUUCUCCACAUUUGAUCUCUCCAAAUGUAAUCCAAACGAUGUGGAAAUUGUUGACAAAAGCGUAGAAAAAGCAUAUCUUGAUAUAAACGAUCCGUCGAAGAUAUUUUCAGUUUGCAAACAUAAAAUGAACAACCUUGAUAUAUUCGAAUACACUCCACGUCCAAAUUAUUUCAUUAACGAGAUACGAGAUGGAAAUGAGAUUAUAUGGAAGAGUAACUACAGAAGUCUCUCAAUUAGUUACAUUGCUGAAGCAAACUCGAUUCUCAUCUACGUCAAAAAGGUCCAAAUCGAACCUGUUUUCAUGAUCAAGGACGAAAAGUGGAAGGAAGUUGAAGAUGAUGGAUUUAUUACACGAAUUGACCGUUUCGACACUAGUUUAUAA